GACCUUCAUCUGUUUGAGGUAAAGUUUCUCUGUCUGUUUUUUUUUUUGCCCGGCCGUGCGAGAGUGUAUGAUAAUUUCUGUGAUGUCAAUCUCCCGACUGAUCCUGAAGAAUUUUCUUCUUUUUGUUGUUUUGUGACCGUCGGAUUUUGCUUCUAUUGUGUAGUCCUGAUGUGCUUUGAUUUCUCAAGAGUACUAUUCGGAAGUUGAAGUUGUGACUGUGGAAUUAAUUGAGUGUUUUCGCAAGAAGUCGAUAUCCUCAACAUCCCAAGCUAACAACGCAGCCCAUUUUAGUGACCUUAUGUGCGCAUACAUAUCCCGUUAUCAUUCCCGAUAAUUAGCGAUUCUUACACUUCCAGUAAAGCAGGUUCUGCAAAGGGAUAAUUAAAGAGAAGUAUAGAAAGCAUAAUAUCGAUCAUACAAAGAACACUGCAAUUUGUACUUUUGAAAUUCCAUCGACUUCAUCUAUCGAACAAUUGGUAUCAGCGUUGGAGAACGAAGAAGAGGACGAAAUUACUAGCUCCAUUUUACUUACAACUUCAAUCGUUUUUAGUAUUUGCUACUUCGAUCGUUCUUACCGACAAAAUGGGAGGCGCUCCGAAGGUUCCUGAAGUAUCCCCGAAGGCGGCUAAGUCCCCUCGCGAGUCGUACCAGAUGGCUUGCUGGGAAUUGCAUCCUUUCGAGAAGGGUGACAAGCACUCUAGCCCGCUCCAGCAUGGCACUUCUAUGAGCAGAAAUCGAAGCUUUAAAGUAUUUAUACAAGUAUCAUAAUCUACAUCAUGUUGUACUUGGUCUAAGCCGUCUUCUACGUACUUAAUCUGAUUACCGAUGGGUGCCAGCUAGUAGAGCUAAGUAGCAUUAUUUAUCUGUCUGCUUUGAUGACUGCGUUUGAUUUUGGAUUUUAUGAGAUAAUCCAUCGUUAAUUAAAUGCAUUACUAAUCUGAGUUGUGAGAGAGGCAGGAGCUGGUUACCUUGUUCCCGCAGAAAUUGAUCAAGCUUUACCAUCUACUAACUGGGAAAACUCCUGUGUGUGCACCCUCAUCUCUGUUCAUCAAUACUACUACAGUCGGGUAAAAGUGUUGGCUUCUACUUCCUACUUCGUCAAUCAAUUAUCCAUGAUUAUCUCGUUUCAGGAUUUGAAGAAGGGGCACAGCGGUGAAUCGGGGCCCAAGCACAAACCGAUUCGGAGCCGAAGCCCUUCGCCCCCGGGAUUGGUGGAGAAAAACUUGAGUAUCUGUUCAUUGACAGAGUUCUACAAGACUCAUGCGCGACCGACCGCCGCCGCGAAGCCGAAACCGUUGCCUCCCGUCGGAAAGAAGUAGCCGUGCUGUUCGUUGCAGAUAAAAUUAAUGGGGGAUAAAGAUUUUACUAGCUGGACGAGGAUAGAGCUGCUCUGUUUGUGGACGGGUGUUGUUUUGUUCUAUGGACGAUUCCAAGCCGAAGCUGACAUGAAGACACGAGCAGUGGUGUCCUAAAGCAUGCUCGGUUCUUGCAAAUGAUGUCACUUGGAACAAGUCAAAGCGUUCGUCUUUCCGACCAGGCAGUCUCAUUCUCACAACAGCAUCAAAAUUAGAUCCAUCUUUAGGUUGCCGUCAAAGACAGUGAACAUGAUUCAGAAGAUAAUCAUACAUCUCUGGACAAUAACAACGAAUGUACUCCUCAUUGGGCGCGAAUUUGGACGCAUCGAGACACAACUAGCGCUAUACUUCGCGUGCCGCGGACAUGAACCUUCCCUGGUGAGUGGUUUUCUGCGCCGCGGUGUUUCUUGAUCGAAAGUAUAGCGUACCAAAAAAAUUAGGGUAGUACCAAGAAGUGAUUUGGUGCAGACAAGCCUUCAACAGAGUUGCUUCUAGCACGAUUGCCUUGCGUUGGGAAACAGGAUUUUCUCGAUGCCGCGCGCAUUUCAUUUUUGAACUUUGAUAUUUAUAUUAAUAUCUUUCUUUGAAUCUGAUGAAGGUGCACACGAUUACGGCGGUUAUUGUUACGAUAGUUUUUUUUUAUGUAGUUUGCGCGAAUGGGUGGGGAUUUCGGCACGUUCGUGGUCGUGUCCUGAUUUUUUUGAUUCGUUCAUUUCGUUGUAUUUGAUCCAUGCUUUUUUAUGUUUAUUUUUCAUGCUCAAACUAUCUGCAUGUCUUGUUGUAACCUACAUUCUUUGGACUUUCAUAUGAUCUAUUCAUGACAUAUCACGUAGUCAACAUAGAUAAUUUCGAUCUCGUGCGCAAGCAGUAGUUACUAGAGGAAGUCAUAUUAAUUUGUCCUCGCUUGUUACAGUCAUUUUGCGUAUCUCAAAUUAAAACAAUUCGGAGAUUUCUACAAUGAAGUAUUAUAUUUCGCAUUACAAACCAGAACCAGCUGAUAUCCUGUGAUUAAAACGCUGAGAAAGUCGAUGAAACAAAAAUCCUCGCUCAUGUUUCAAUCAAUUCACAUCGGUCAAUGCCCCAUACGAACAUACCAAGGUGUCUACAUAUUUGCUGUGCGCGUGCAAAGUAUAUCUUCGGGGUUGAACAUGGAAACAAAAGUCGUGCCAAAAGAGGCGCUGUAGGCAAAAAAUGCUCCCACUAGAAUCGAUUUGCGAAUGAUAAAUGGAGGAGAAAAGAAAUGUACUGUAAAAAUUGGUGAUUUUCGCUUCUAUACCCGAUCACGGACUGGCGCACAAACUUGGCGUGCCACCUUAGUCAAGAGUAAUUAUUUGUUAUCAUGCUAGUAAGCAAAAUUAUGUUUUUUUUUUUUGAAAGUAAGUAGAUGGAGACUUUGGAUUCUUGCAUAGAUUUUCGUUUGUACCAAACCUGUUCGGAGAUACUAGCAUGGGAAAGAAGGUCUGCAACUUGAUGAAGAUGGGAAACACAUAAGAAGACGAACUUCUGCACGAAGACCACGACGGAGGAGGAGCCGUCGACUUGAUCCCGAAUCGCUGAAGCGAUUUCAAAGCGUACCUCCUCCAUGAUCGAUGUUCUUUCUGGUGUCGGUGAAGAAGGGAGCGAAGGUUUAUAACAAAAGAACUCCCAGCGGAUCUGCGGCUAGGUAGAAAGAACAAGGUUUUUAGGAACGAGCGGCUCUUGAUCUUGUGAUCGGUUUUUUAUUUACAGUGACCUGCUGAGCCAAAAUCUGUCACGGCCGUCAUUGACAACAUGAACAUACCUGAUGCCAGGCACAUCAGUCAAAUCAUUCAAUCUAUCAGGUGAAGGGGUAACCGGUUAUAUUCUUUUGUUUUCGGUGAUUGAGUGGGCGUGGAAAGAGAUUUACCUUUCUUGCGGAAGGAUUUCGAUCUCGACAACAACGUAUGAUAGUGAUUGCCUCCUUUUAAUAAUCACCGCAGUUUGAUACAAGCUCUCAGAAUAUGGGUGGGUGUUAUAGACAUAAGCUGUGCCAUUUUCCUAGGUUGGGCAAUGCGUCGCAUCAUCGAAAUUCUUACUGUACCAUUGAUUAGCCUUAGUCACUUGAUCAUGUGCAUACUUUUACUGACAUAUUAGUUGCAUCAUUUUCUCCUUCCAAACACCAAGGACGCACUUUUAGCCAUGAUUCUCUUACUGCUGGAGAGCAAAAAUGAAAAGAAUAGAUCUUCCUGCAGUUGUCAUGCACAUUCGGCUGUGAAGAGUCACACCACUACCCUGAGACUGCGCGUGCGUCACGGCCACAAAAACUGUAGACACACCACAGCGCAACUCACUUUGACA